UGGUGGGGGGGGGGAGAGAGGGGGAGGAGUCUGGUGGCAUUGGCACAGCCACAGACUCUGUUGGGUAAUUUUUUUUGCUCCAUUCGCUGCGCUGCUGUAACAUGCGCCGUGUGUGAGAGACAGAGACACAGAGGGAGAGGGAGAGAGGGAGAGAGAGAGAGAGGCACAGCUUCCAGGAGACCUGAGUGCUGCAGCUGGAGAGAUCUGACUCAAUUCUUGACCAAAAAGACUCAGAGUUGACAGGAAGGGGGGGAAACUCACUCCGAGCAAAGUUUGUUCCCUUCAGAUAAAAUUGUGACGAGAAGGACAUCAUGGUUGCCUUAUCCUUGAAGAUUGGUGUUGGCAAUGCCAUCAAAACGAUGCAGUUUGAGCCCUCGACAAUGGUGUAUGAUGCCUGUCGGAUGAUCCGUGACCGAGUUCCUGAGGCACAGACAGGACAGCCGAAUGAUUAUGGAUUAUUUCUGUCCGAUGAGGACCCAAAGAAGGGCAUCUGGUUGGAGUCUGCCAAAGCCUUGGACUAUUACAUGUUAAGGAAUGGAGACACGCUGGACUAUAAGAGAAAGCAUAGGCCUCUGAAGAUCAGAAUGCUGGAUGGAAGUAUCAAAACAGUUAUGGUGGAUGACUCAAAAAUAGUGAGCGACAUGCUGAUGACAAUCUGUGCCAGAAUAGGAAUCACAAACCACGAUGAAUAUUCACUUGUACAUGAAAUUGUGGAAGAAAAGAAAGAAGAAAUGACAGGGACGUUGAAGAAAGACAAAACUCUGCUGAGAGACGAUAAGAAAAUGGAAAAACUGAAGCAGAAACUGCACACAGAUGAUGAUUUGAACUGGUUGGACCAUGGGCGAACACUUCGAGAACAAGGAGUCGAUGAAAAUGAAACCUUACUUCUCAGGCGAAAAUUCUUCUAUUCAGAUCAAAAUGUUGAUUCAAGAGAUCCGGUGCAAUUGAACUUACUCUAUGUGCAGGCCAGAGACGAUAUUCUGAAUGGUUCUCAUCCUGUCUCCUUUGACAAAGCCUGUGACUUUGCAGGGUAUCAGAGUCAGAUUCAGUUUGGACCACACAAUGAACUGAAGCACAAACCUGGCUUCUUGGACUUGAAAGAAUUCCUGCCUAAAGAAUACAUCAAACAGAAAGGGGAAAAGAAAAUAUUCAUGGCACAUAAGAACUGCGCAAACAUGACCGAGAUGGAGGCUAAAGUGCUGUACGUAAAGCUGGCCCGCUCACUGAAGACAUAUGGAGUGUCCUUCUUUUUGGUUAAGGAGAAAAUGAAAGGGAAGAAUAAGCUUGUCCCACGUUUGCUGGGAAUUACCAAGGAAAGUGUGAUGCGUGUGGAUGAGAGAACAAAAGAGGUGAUACAGGAAUGGAGCCUGACCAAUAUCAAGCGCUGGGCAGCAUCACCAAAGAGUUUUACCCUGGAUUUUGGUGACUACCAGGACGGUUACUAUUCAGUUCAGACAACUGAGGGGGAACAAAUUGCACAGCUAAUAGCUGGAUACAUCGAUAUCAUUUUGAAAAAGAAAAAAAGCAAAGAUCAUUUUGGACUAGAAGGUGAUGAAGAAUCCACAAUGUUGGAGGAUUCUGUGUCUCCUAAGAAAUCUACCAUCAUGCAGCAACAGUUUAACAGAAUUGGGACUUUGGAGCAUGGGUCAGUAGCGUUACCAGCCAUCAUGCGUUCUGGUGCUGGGGGUCGGGAGAAUUUCCAGGUUGGGUCAAUGCCAGCAGCCCAGCAGCAGGUGACCAGUGGACAGAUGCACUGUGGACACAUGCCUCCACUGACAUCUGCACAGCAAGCGCUGAUGGGAACUCUGAACUCCAGCAUGCAGGCUGUUCAGCAAGCAACAGCCAGUCUGGAUGAUCUUGAUGCCUUGCCACCCCUUGGACACGAUGCUGCCUCAAAUGAAUGGAAAAAAAUGAAAAUGGAUGAAUCCAAACAUGAGAUCCAUUCCCAGGUUGAUGCGAUUACUGCAGGCACAGCAUCAGUGGUCAAUCUCACCGCAGGAAACCCUGCUGAUACAGAUUACAGUGCCGUUGGGUGUGCAGUGACCACCAUCUCCUCAAACCUGACGGAAAUGUCAAAAGGCGUCAAACUACUGGCGGCCCUGAUGGAAGACGAGGGCGCGAAUGGACAGCAGCUGCUGAAAGCUGCCAAGAACCUGGCCUGUGCUGUUUCAGAGUUAUUGAAGACAGCUCAGCCAGCAACUGCUGAGCCUCGUCAGCACCUACUCACUGCUGCUGGAACUGUGGGCCACACAAGUGGUGAGCUUCUGCAGCAGAUCGGGGAAAGCGAUGCCGAUCCACGAUUUCAGGAGGUCCUCAUGCAGCUGGCCAAAGCUGUGGCAAAUGCGGCAGCAGCACUGGUCCUGAGGUCGAAAAAUGUGGCUCAGAAAGCAGAUGAUUCGGGUUUGCAGAAUCGUGUCAUAGCCGCUGCGACACAGUGUGCUCUCUCCACCUCGCAGCUCGUGGCUUGUACUAAGGUUGUAGCUCCAACCAUUAGUUCCCCGGCAUGUCAGGAGCAGCUGAUUGAAGCUGGCAAGCUGGUCGCUAAGUCAGUGGAGGGCUGUGUGGAGGCCUCGCAGGCUGCCACACAAGACGAGCAGCUGCUGAAGCAGGUUGGAGUGGCUGCCACCACUGUAUCACAGGCCCUCAAUGACCUCCUCCAGCACAUCAAGCUGUACGCCACCGGAGGACACCCGUUAGGACGUUACGAUCAGGCCACAGACACCAUCCUGACAGUCACUGAGAACAUUUUCAGCUCCAUGGGGGAUGCUGGUGAAAUGGUACGUCAGGCAAGAAUUCUGGCUCAAGCGACUUCGGAUCUGGUGAACGCCAUCAAAGCCGAUGCUGAAGGUGAAUCAGACCUCGAGCACUCCAGGAAGCUGCUCUCUGCAGCCAAGCUGUUAGCAGACGCCACUGCCAAGAUGGUGGAAGCUGCAAAGGGUGCAGCAGCUAAUCCUGACAGUGAAGAGCAGCAGCAGAGGUUGAGAGAAGCUGCUGAAGGUUUGCGAAUGGCCACCAAUGCAGCAGCCCAGAAUGCCAUCAAGAAGAAAUUAAUGAACAAAUUAGAGAACGCAGCGAAGCAAGCUGCAGCUGCUGCAACACAGACUAUUGCUGCGGCUCAACACGCUGCCUCGUCAAACAAGAACCCAGCCGUACAGCAGCAGAUGGUCCAGAGCUGUAAGGUUGUUGCUGAACAGAUUCCACUGCUGGUCCAAGGUGUACGGGGCAGCCAAUCCCAGCCCGACAGUCCCAGCGCCCAGUUGGCACUCAUAAGUGCGAGCCAGAACUUCCUGCAGCCUGGUGCUAAGAUGGUUGCUGCUGCCAGAGCUACAAUUCCCACUGUGGGAGAGCAGGCCUCGGCCAUGCAGCUAAGCCAGUGCGCUAAGAACCUGGCCAACACCUUACAAGAACUGCGAGCGGCUGCACAGAAGGCCCAGGAAGCUUGUGGUCCAUUGGCAAUGGACUCUGCCCUGAGCCAGAUCAGGACAAUGGAGAAAGAUUUACAGGAAGCAAAAGCAUCUGCAGCAGAAGGAAAACUCCGACCACUGCCAGGGGAAACGCUGGAAAAGUGUUCCCAGGACUUGGGAAGUAGUGCCAAGAUGGUCGGUGCCUCCGUUGCUCAGCUGCUGAGUGCGGUCACACAAGGAAAUGAGAAUUACACAGGGUUGGCUGCCAGAGAAGUGGCUCAAGCCUUAAAAGCUCUGAGCUCGGCUGCCCGGGGCGUUGCAGCCAACACUACUGAUCCCCAGGCUCGCAACGCAAUGCUGGAGUCUGCGAGUGACCUUAUGGAUAAAUCGAGCAAUCUGAUUGAAGAGGCCAGGAAAGCUAUGGCUAAGCCUGGUGACCCAGAAAACCAGCAACGACUGGCACAGGUGGCUAAGGCCAUGUCAACCUCUCUGAACAGAUGCGUGAACUGCUUGCCAGGCCAGAGAGAUGUGGACGCAGCUUUACGAACUGUUGGGGAGGCUAGCAAAAGACUGCUUGCAAAUUCUUUCCCUCCAGGUUCCAGGAACUUCCAGGAGGCGCAGAGCCACCUGAACCAAGCUGCUGCUGGCUUGAACCAAUCUGCCAAUGAGCUGGUACAGGCCUCGCGUGGAACUACACAGGAUCUGGCAAAGGCUUCAGGGAAAUUUGGUGAAGACUUCAAUGAAUUUCUGGAGGCUGGAGUUGAAAUGGCUGGACAGUCCAAGGACAAAGAAGACAAGGUUCAGGUGAUCGGAAACCUGAAGAGCAUUUCCAUGGCUUCCAGCAAACUUUUACUCGCAGCUAAAGCUCUCUCUGCUGAUCCGACCGCUCCCAACAUCAAGAAUCAACUUGCGGCUGCAGCAAGGGCUGUGACUGAAAGCAUCAACCAGCUGAUCACCAUGUGUACGCAGCAGGCGCCGGGACAGAAGGAAUGUGACAAUGCUCUCCGUGAGCUGGAGACUGUCAAAGGAAUGCUGGACAAUCCCACCGAGGCUGUCAAUGACUUGUCUUACUUUGACUGCAUCGACAGUGUUAUGGAGAAUUCCAAGGUUCUUGGAGAGGCAAUGACUGGAAUCUCUCACAAUGCUAAGAAUAGUGACCUGCCAGCUUUUGGUGACUCAGUCAGCGCUGGCUCCAAGGCUUUAUGUGGACUCACAGAAGCAGCCGCACAGGCUGCAUACCUUGUAGGGAUUUCAGAUCCUAACAGUCACGCAGGUCAGCAAGGAUUGGUUGAUCCAGCCCAAUUUGCCAGAGCAAAUCAAGCAAUCCAGAUGGCUUGUCAAAACUUAGUGGAUCCAGCAUGCAUCCAGACACAGGUUCUCUCUGCUGCCACCAUUGUUGCAAAGCACACUUCUGCCUUGUGCAAUGCCUGCCGUCUCGCCUCAUCAAAGACAUCCAACCCUGUUGCAAAGAGACAGUUUGUUCAGUCGGCCAAAGAGGUGGCAAAUAGCACAGCCAACCUUGUGAAGACCAUCAAGGCUCUUGAUGGUGCUUUCGUGGACGAGAACCGGGAGAAAUGCCGUGCUGCCACGAUGCCUCUGAUUGAAGCAGUUGAAAAUCUGACCGCUUUUGCUUCCAACCCCGAGUUUGCCAGUAUUCCAGCUCAGAUCAGUGCAGAGGGCCUCAAUGCCAUGGAGCCUAUUGUGGUGGCUGCAAAGACUAUGCUGGACAGUUCCACUGGUCUCAUUCAGACCGCUCGCUCUCUUGCUGUGAAUCCCAAAGACCCACCAAAGUGGUCGGUCUUGGCUGGACAUUCUCGAACUGUGUCGGACUCGAUCAAGAAACUCAUUACUUCAAUCAGAGAUAAAGCCCCAGGACAGAGAGAGUGUGAUGAUGCCAUUGAUGCCCUCAACCAAUGCAUUAGGGAUUUGGACCAGGCUUCCUUGGCAGCGAUCAGCCAGCAGCUGGCACCACGAGAAGAUAUCUCACAAGAGGCUUUGCAUGACCAGAUGGCUGGAGCUGUCCAUGAGAUCAGCAACCUGAUUGACCCAGUGGCAGUGGCAGCUCGGGCUGAGGCUUCUCAGUUAGGACAUAAGGUAUCUCAGAUGGCCAGUUACUUUGAGCCACUGACCAUGGCUUCCAUUGGCGCAGCAUCCAAAGCCAUCAACCACCAGCAACAGAUGAACCUGUUGGAUCAGACCAAGACGCUGGCCGAGUCGGCGCUUCAAAUGCUCUACACGGCCAAAGAGGCGGGCGGCAAUCCCAAGCAAGCGGCACACACGCAGGAAGCACUGGACGAGUCUACGCAGAUGAUGAAGGAGGCGGUUGAAGACCUGUCGGGAACGCUGAGCGAUGCAGCAAGUGCUGCGGGGGUAGUGAGUGGAAUGGUGGCCUCCAUCAACCAGGCCAUAAACAAGAUUGAUGAAAGUGCUUCAGGUGAGCCGGAGGGAUCGUUUGUUGACUACCAGACCACAAUGGUGAAGACGGCCAAAGCUAUCGCUGUAACAGUACAGGAAAUGGUCACAAAAUCGAACACAAAUCCCGAUGAUCUGGGAACUUUAGCCAAUCAGCUCACCAGUGACUAUGGACAGUUGGCACAGGAAGCUAAACCUGCAGCCAUAACUGCUGAAAACGCUGAGAUUGGAAAUCACAUAAAGAACCGUGUGCAAGAACUUGGUCACAAUUGUGCUUCACUGGUUCUCAAGGCUGGUGCUCUCCAAUGUAGCCCUAGCGACACUUUUACCAAGAAAGAACUCAUUGAAUGUGCCCGCAAGGUGUCCGAAAAGGUUUCUCACGUGUUGGCAGCCUUACAGGCAGGUAACCGUGGCACCCAAGCCUGUAUUACUGCUGCCAGCACCGUGUCUGGCAUCAUUGCUGACUUGGAUACAACCAUCAUGUUUGCUACGGCGGGCACACUGAACCGAGAGAACGCAGAGACCUUCGCCGAUCACAGGGAACAUAUCCUGAAGACAGCUAAAGCUCUGGUGGAAGACACCAAACUGCUGGUAUCGGGAGCUGCCGCGAGUCAGGAGAAGCUGGCCCACGCAGCUCAGUCCUCUGUUGUCACUAUUACUCGUCUGGCUGAGGUUGUGAAGUUAGGAGCUGCCAGUCUGGGCUCUGAAGAUCCUGAAACACAGGUCGUGCUGAUCAAUGCGGUGAAAGAUGUGGCAAAGGCCCUGGGAGAUCUCAUCAGUGCCACAAAGGGCGCCGCUGGAAAGGCUCCGGAUGAUCCGUCCAUGUAUCAGCUCAAGAAUGCGGCCAAGGUUAUGGUGACCAAUGUGACGUCUCUACUGAAGACAGUGAAGGCGGUGGAAGAUGAAGCCACUCGAGGCACCAGAGCCUUGGAAGCGACCACUGAGCACAUCCGUCAGGAGCUUGCAGUGUUCUCCUCCAGAGAUCCGCCACCACACACCUCUACACCUGAGGAAUUCAUCCGUAUGACUAAAGGCAUUACCGUUGCAACAGCUAAAGCAGUGGCAGCAGGAAACUCCUGCCGUCAAGAGGAUGUCAUUGCAACUGCCAAUCUCAGUCGCAAAGCUAUCGCGGAGAUGCUUCACUCUUGCAAGCAAGCAGCCCAUCAUCCAGAGGUGUCCCCAGAUGUUCGCGCCCGCGCCCUGCGUUUUGGCAAAGAAUGUUCGGAAGGAUAUCUGGGUCUUUUGGAGCACGUUCUUGUUAUUCUUCAAAAGCCAUCACCAGAACUCAAGCAGCAACUUGCCGCAUAUUCCAAACGUGUAGCUGGCUCUGUCACUGAGCUCAUCCAGGCCGCAGAGGCCAUGAAGGGCACUGAAUGGGUAGAUCCUGAAGACCCGACGGUCAUCGCUGAGAAUGAGUUGCUGGGAGCUGCUGCUGCUAUUGAGGCUGCAGCCAAGAAGCUCGAACAGCUGAAGCCAAGGGCGAAACCCAAGCAAGCCGACGAAAGCCUCAACUUCGAAGAACAGAUCCUGGAGGCAGCGAAGUCCAUCGCUGCAGCAACCAGUGCACUCGUGAAAGCUGCGUCCGCUGCUCAGAGAGAGCUUGUGGCUCAAGGCAAGGUUGGAGCGGUCCCAGCAAACGCAGUGGACGACGGCCAGUGGUCUCAAGGCUUGAUUUCAGCGGCUCGAAUGGUCGCCGCUGCAACAAGCAGCUUGUGUGAAGCGGCCAAUUCCGCAGUUCAGGGUCACGCCAGCGAGGAAAAGCUCAUCUCUUCAGCCAAACAGGUGGCAGCGUCCACAGCUCAGCUACUGGUGGCCUGCAAGGUGAAGGCAGACCAGGAUUCAGAAGCCAUGAAGCGACUCCAGACUGCAGGCAAUGCUGUAAAGAGAGCUUCAGAUCACCUGGUGAAGGCUGCACAGAAGGCAGCAGCGUUCAAUGACCAGGAAGAGGAGAAUGUUGUUGUGAAGAGCAAGAUGGUCGGUGGCAUUGCUCAGAUUAUUGCAGCCCAAGAAGAGAUGCUGAGAAAGGAGAGAGAGCUUGAAGAAGCCCGAAAGAAGUUAGCUCACAUCCGACAGCAACAAUACAAAUUUCUCCCUUCAGAACUUCGCGAAGAAGAACAAAACUAAUUUUUUUUUUAAUUUAAACUAAAUCAUUUAAAAGCAGCUAAUGGUCUUUGCUGGUCAGCCAUAGAUGGAUCUAGCUCAGCAGUCAGAUGGCAAAAUAUCUGGUGAUUAAAUUCAUCUGGUCCUGAAAGGCAAACUGUUGACCAUCUGUGUGACCAGAUUGUUUUUUUAUUUUGUUGGGGGGAAAAAAAGUUCAUGCAAAAUGGAUUUUCUUUCCAAUUUUUCUAGAUCUGUAUGGUAAAGGUGCAAUCCACUCGCUGUAUCUUUCUGCGUCCUAUAAGCAAUCCAUCUGCACAUAUUCAGUAAUGUAUUAGAUAUUUUGCUAUUAAUCGUAGAGAAAGUCUCUGCACGUGCGUACGCUAUGGUAUGAGAAAGCAAAUGUAAAGUUGCAGUAUUAAUGCUGUGUUGCAAAUUUACUGUGAAGCUUUUUGUAUGAUAUAUUUUUUAACCUCUAUGGAGUCGGAAGGUAUAUGUGAUUAUUCCAAAGAUGAUACACAAGGGUUUUUGUGUGUGAGACGCACUAUAAAUCAUAUAAAAUUAAUGUAGAUGAGUUAUCGGUGCAAUGGGGGAAAGCUAAAACAGUGCCUCACAUUCAUGAGCUAAACUUGCACAGAGACUAAACUAUACAUAUCAGUUAAAGUUCGUAAUGGAAUAAUUUUGCCCUCUAAAUACCAGAAAUAGUGUUGUCUUAAAUCAGGUCAAAAAUACUGAUUGGAUUAAUGUUACUCUUUGUCUCAAAGUUUUUAAUCAGGUGUACAUAAAUAGUGCAGCAUUUCAGCAGGGUGCAUAAACAUCAGGCAGCACAUCUUUCUUCUGCUUUUUUGGCCUUUCAAAUUGAUGUGUUUCCAGUAAAGAUGGGAAUAAACGUUGCUUUUUUUUACGGAAACGUUUAACAGUUUUCUUUAAAAAUGUGUUUAACCUCCAGAAUUUUUUUUUAAAAAAACUUGUCAUAUUGUUUUAAAGUGUUCCCUAUAACAAAACCUUAUAAGUGUUAAUUCAGCAACUAACAAACAAAUAGAAUUGCAGGUUUGCAGAGCAUGUCUUGGGUCUUGGGCAGAGGAAAAUGGGGUUUGGGACGGUUCAACAAUAACCUUAAAAUUGCCCCACUGUUGUAGCUCACACAAGUGCCUCCAUUUGAAUCUCAUGUAAUUAAAAACUGUUUGUGGUGGUUUUAAAUAUUAAUAAUAUGGGCCUUUAUCUGCACUUAACAACUCUGCAAAUAGUUGCUGAUACAAAUGACUGUAAACUGUUAUUUGUUCGUUAAGAGUUUACAAUCUUCAUUACUUGGAAUUUCAACUGGUUGUGGAUAAUAUUCCCGUCAACUCUGGUUUCUAUUACUGGAAACACAAAUGUUUUUAGGCCUUUUAAAUUUUUUACCCCCCAAAAUGGCAAACCUCCUGUUUUACAGAAUUGCCUCAUUGUUCAUAUUUUAGCCUGCAAAUUUAAUUUGUUACUUAUGCUCCAUUGCCUUUAAAAUAUCACUUUUUAUUUUGAUACAAUAUGCUUCUAAUAACAUUUUUAUGAAUACCAACUUUCCAGCGCUAGUUGGAUGGUUACUUGUUUUUAUUGUAAGUUUGAAGCAGUUUAAUAAAGUUGGUUUUCACUA